AUGAAGCGCGACGUCUACCGGCCGCCGAUCUACGCCUGCACGGACUACCUGCCGCCGAAGACGCGGAAGCGGCUCGCCAAGGUGCUGGCCAACGCCUUCCUCGUCUUCUACCAGCUCGCCGUGCUGACGACCAUCGUGCUGCCGGCGAACCUCAUCACGAACGCGAGCACGUUCAGCGGCACGGACAUCUCCCAGAGCCUGAGCAUCCAGGGCUUCUCCUACCGCACCUUGUACCUCGCGGAGCGCCUCAAGCUCAAGCGGAAGCUGCCCGUCGUCGUCAAGCUGCUGCCGCUCCAGGUCACGCUGCGCUUCAUCCGGCCCGGGGACCGCCUGCCGAGCGCCAUGGGCACCGUGGACCUGCCGGGCUUCAAGAUCGACGCGCGCGCGGAGCACCCGACGCUCGACAUCGAGCCCAUCGCGUUCACGUACUUCGACGACUUCCUCGAGUUUUUGUGGGACUACGUCUGCACGGAGGAGCCCCUCAUCACGGGCGUCGUCGGCGACGCCGAGGCGCUCAUCUUCUCGAGCCUGCGCCACGUGCCCGUGGCCGUGUCCGUCGAGAGCAGCGCCGUGCUUCGCGGCGGCUGGCUCGCGCUCUGCGAGAUCGUCGCGGCCUUCGCCGUGGUCAAGGACGACGUGCGGCAGCUCGACGUGAAGCGCAUGGUGCGGGAGCUGAACCUCAACGAGCAGGGCUCCGUCGAGCACUUCAGCCUCGCCGUCGACGCGCUGAAGCGCGCGUACAAAAUCCCGAGACCCGCACCCGCCGCCAUGUGUCCGCGCCCCCUGCCCGGCGAUGCCGGCGCGAAGCCGGCGGCCGACGACCGGUCCGAGCCCGGCGAGAGCGCGGAGAACGCGGCGGCGCGGGCGACGAACCUGCGCGUGGCCUACGCCUUCACGCUCCUCGCGGGCGUCGCGCGGGGCGUCUGGAGCUACAGCGUGCUGAGCGGCUACCUCUACGUGCUCACGGGGGAUUCGAACUUCAAGGUGGGCCUCGCCGAGGGCGCCCAGGGCAUCAGCCAGGCCGCGGUCUCGCUCUCCGCUGGCUGGGCCGCCGACCGGUACCGCCGCGACGCCGUCUGCCGCGCGGCGGCGUGCCUGGGCGUUUUAGCGUCGCUGGGCCUCGCCUGCGCGGCGUCGAUCGGCGGCCUGGCGAGCGAUGCGCGAUUCGGGUGCCUGACGGCGUCGCUCGCGCUCUUCGGCGCGUACCAAGGCGUCUGGACGACGGCUUUGGAGACGAUCUUCGCGGACAGCACGCACCGCGGCGAGCGGCGCGCGGCGGCGACGACGCGCAAGUUCGUCCUGACGCUGGCGGCGACCUGCGCGGGGCCGCUCAUCGCCAUCGCGCUCUUCGAGGGCUUCGGCGACGCGUGGACGCUGCCGGAGCUGCGCAUCGUCCUGGCCGCGGGCGUCGCGCUCUGCGCGCCGCCGGCGCUGCUCCUGUUGAAGCUGCGCGACGUCCGGUCGCCGGACGACGCCGCCGACGACGACCCGGGCGCGGGCGCCGGGAAGCCGCGGCGGAGCGCGCUCGGCGCGCCGCGCUACGUGAUCCUCGCGUCGGACCUGGUGUCGGGCUUCGGGUCGGGCAUGACGGUCAAGUUCGUGCCCCUCUUCUUCAAGAACCGCGUGGGCUUCUCGCCCGUGGCGACGAACGCCUUGUACGUGGCGUCGCCGCUCUUCAUGAUGGCGGGCUCGAGAGCGUGCGGCCGCCUGUCGCGCGAGGCGCUCGGCCGGCCGCGGGCCUGCGCGUACUUCAUGGGCCUGGCGGCGCUGGGGCUCGUGGGGUUGAGCCUGCUCGACUCGUCGACGGCCGACGGCUUGGGCGCGGGCUUCCCGCGCGAGCCGGACCGCGGCGCGCCGGGCCGGCCGCUCGCGUCGGCGAAGAUGCGCGCGGCCGCCGUCGGUCUCUACCUGUUGACGAACGCGCAGCACAUGUGCCGCCCGCUGAAGAAGUCGGCGCUCAUGGACCACGUGCCCUACGGUGACCGGGGCAAGUGGAACGCCGUCGACGGCGUCACGCGCUUUGGGUGGAGCGGCUCCGCGGUGUUAGGCGGCUACCUCGUCGACCGCGGCGGCUACGCGCUGACCUUCCUCAUCACGGCGGGCAUGCAGCUCCUCGCCGCGGCGCUCUGGCUCGCCCUCGUCGGCGUCGUCGACCCGUCCGCGCCGGGCGCGCGCGCGCUCUGCGCGCGCCGCGGCGACGCGCCGUCGGACGACGAGUCCGACGCCGGCGGCGACGACGGCCCGCCGGCGCCGCGGGCCGCGAGCCACCCGGCGCCGGGGGACCUCGACGCGCCGCUCCUCGCGCGGCCGGGGGUCCGCCGCGCGCCGGGCAGCCCGCGCCACCGGAGCUACGAGGAGCACCUCCGCUCCGACUCCCUCGAGUCCGAGUCCUACCUCUCCGACUACUCGGAGAUGCCCCGCCCGACGUCUUGCGACGCGCUGCCCGACACGAGACCCAUGGCGCUCCUGCGGAAGCUCGCGCUCGUCGCGCUCGUCGCCGCGUCGUCCGGCGCGUCGCUGCGCGGCGGGCGGCGCCUGAACGAGCUCGAGGUCGUCCCCGCCGACGAGGCCGAGGCUUUGAAGGCCCAGGAGGACGCCCAGCGGGAGGCGGCGAAGAAGGAGGCGGCGGACGCCCUCGCCAAGGCCGAGCAGAUGAUGGCCGCGGCGAAGGAGGCGCAGGCCAAGGCCGACGAGGCCGACGCCAAGGCGAAGGCGGACGCCGAGGCGAAGGCGAAGGCGGACGAGGAGGCGAAGGCGGAGGCCGCGGCCGCGCCGGCCGCCGAGGACGCGCCGAAGAAGGAGAAGAAGGAGAAGAAGGAGAAUGUCGAGGCGGCCGACGCGCCGGCGGACCUCGCCGCCCUCGCCAAGGAGGCCGAGGGCAUCGUCGCGCAGCUCAAGACCGCGCUCGAGACCGAGGGCGCGCUCCUCGCGACGCUCACGGAGAAGCUCGCGACGCUCCAGGCCUAG